GGGAUGCAGUGAAGGCGGGCAAGGAGGAGGCGGUUGGGAGAAGCAGACGGAAUGGGCACAGUGCGGGCAGCUCCUUAGGGCUCGCGGCGCGUCCGGAUCCCCUCUCCGGAGAGCCAUGGGGGUGCUGAUGUCCCGGCGCCAGACGGUGGAGCAGGUGCAGAAGGUCAGCCUGGCUGUCUCUGCCUUCAAGGACGGGCUGCGGGAGCGGCCCUCCACCAAGCGCAAGGCAGAGGCGUGGGGCGGGCGGCGGGGGACACUGGAGCACGUGGUGCAGGAGGUGCAGGAGGAGGAGGAGGAGAGGCCAGAGGCCGCUGGCCCCUCACAGACGCAGCGGGAGGAGAGCCGUGCCAACCGGGCGGCCUGGGAAAGGCUGCGGGACGGACGGGGUGUGGAGCCGGAGGAGUUCGACCGUGCCAACCGCUUCACUCCGCCGGCCUUCGUCCGGCCCACGCGCGAGCUGCACGACGACGAGCCGCUGGAGAUCAGCCUGGAGCAACGGGAGCAGGUGAGCAGCGACGAGAUGUGCGAGAUCUGCGAGGUGUGGACGGCGGAGAGCCUGUUCCCCUGCAGGGUGUGCACCCGGGUUUACCAUGACGGCUGUCUGCGUCGCAUGGGCUUCCUGCACAACAGCAGCGCCGUGGAGGUGACGGAGACGGCGCACACCGAGACGGGCUGGAGCUGCUACUACUGCGAUAACCUCAACCUCCUGCUGACGGAGGAGGAGAUGUACAGCCUGAUGGAGACCUUCCAGCAAUGCAAGAUCAUCCCCGAGACCUGCCUGACGCAGGACAAUUUCCUGCACUACAAGCACCUGGUCCACAAGCACCACUUCGAGAGGCCGAUGAGCGAGGAGCAGGAGGAGCGAGCUGCCCUGCAGUUCUCCGCGCUGGACCCCGACAAGAAGGGCCACGUUGAGUGGCCGGAUUUCCUCUCCCACGAGUCCAUCGUGCUGCUGCAGAAACUCCGGCCACAGAAUUCCCUGCUGCGGCUACUGACAGCCAAGGAGCGGGAGCGGGCGCGAGCCGCCUUCCUGCCCCUGAGCCAGGACAGCCAGGGGCUGAUCAGCGAGGGCGAGUGCCGGAAAGCCCAGCACACAUGGUUUCGGAAGCACCAGAAGGAGGCCCCGUCCUGCAACGUCAGCAUCAGCCACGUGGGGCCCAUGUCAGAGAGCAGCCCAGCCAGCAGCGGCAGCAGCAGGAGCCAGGAGAAGACCCUGCUGGGCGGCACAGAGCAGGAGGAAUCCAGCAGGCCUGUCGACUGGCCGAGCUUCCUGAAGGAGAACGUCAUCUACAUCCUCGCCGCCCGCCCCAACAGCGCCGCCAUCCACCUGAAGCCGCUGGCGUAGCCGCCGCCCAGGACAGGGGCCGGGCGAGGGCUCCCAACCUGGACGAUGCAUGAGCGGGCGGGAGGCCGGGCGCACGGAGCCCAGUCCUAGCCAUUGUGUUCUGUAUUCGCUGAGCUUGCAGCUGGAGGAGCUGACAGGCUGCUUCACCCGCCAGAGGGGUGCUCCAGCCUGCUGCCCCGGCUCCUGUGGGCCUCAGGGAGCCACACCCGGCUCCCCCGCCCUCACCCCCGUCCCUUCUGAUUGGCGGAGCGAGGCCCCAAACCCCGCACCACGCCCGGCCACACCCCCAGCUCAGUAGAGUUCUGGUUUCUGAUUGGCUGAGAGGGAGCUCCCUCCCCGCCCCCCGCAACCCGCACACAAUUCGGCAGAUUUCUGAUUAGCGGAGAGAGGGCUGAACGCAAACAGUCCUGCAGCGUUCUGGCUUCUGAUUGGCCGAGAAAGCCCAUGCGAGCCCCCACGGUUUCCAACGUCGAGGUCGCCCUGUGCCGUAGCUGCAGGUCGGCGGCCCGGGCGUGACCCCGGUGGCUGUGGACUAACGAGCCCCCGGCUGGCCUGGCACUGGCACUGGCACUGGCAUGCCUGCUGGAGAGCAGAGGGAGGCCUGUGGGGCUGCCCUGCAGCUGGCACCGUCCCGGCCUCUCCCCUGCUCUCUGGGACCACCCCCGCCCCCAGACGCACACACCAAAGGCUCUCAGGGCUGGUCCCCAGCGGCCAGGGCAGCGUUACCCUCUCCGCUCUGCACGGCGGCUCUCGACGCCCAUAUUCCAGCCUCCCUGGGUGAGCCGAUCCCCGGCUGGGAGAGCUGGGCACGGAGCAAGAGCCGAACGCCGUGAGACCCCAGCGAGGACGUGGCAUCGCAGGCCUGGGUCGCCUCUCGCCACCACCACAAGAACAGUAGUGUGACCACCACCACGGAGCUGCUCCUGGUUCACACCCAUCUCCAGGGGAAGACUCAGGCCCUGGUCUCUGUCCGAGCGACAGUCCUGCCUUGGCCGGGAGGGCUGGGUGGGGGACAGGGUGGAUUCGGGGCCACCAAGCAGAACAGCUCAGUGUCCCCAGUGGGGAGCUGCUUUCCUCAGGCUGGCAAACACCCAACCCACCGCUGCGGCUGCGUAAACGAGCCACAGAGAACUCCCUUUGAGCAGCUCCACCUCCCGGCCUCCUCCCUGCUCAGGCGCCAGGUGCUGCUCUGCCAGCCAGGGGCCCCUCAGGACAAUCCUGAGAGCUGGGCGGUGUGUCGGCUGCUUGUCACGGGGCCAGAUUCCCCUCUCGGUCCCACCAGUGUCAGCUCCAGUGAAGUGAGCCGGGUUCACUGCGGUGAGGUUGUGGGGGGGAGAUCAGGCCCCCUGUGUUUCUGGAGCGAGGACAUGGUAGGAGCCGCAGAAGCGUUGCCGCUAACGUAACCUGGGCCUCGCGCCGGGAUGUCUUUCUAGAAGACGCUUGCUAGCUCACCCACCAGGGCCGGGCUGGAUGCAGGCGUCAUGGGGCGGGGUUAGGCAGGAGGGCAGACUGGAGGGUCACAGUGGUCCCUUCUGGCCUUGCCAUGUGUGAAGAAGGGAGGCUUCUUGUGAUUUCUUAGUCCUCUCAAAGUUGUCAGACGCCAGCUACCUGCCUUUACUACACAGCAUCGCAUGUCUGCGAAUUCUGAGACCUCCGUCAGACUUUAUGGAAUCCGUAGCCACCUGUGACUUCACAGCCAUAAGCCAGGAUAGAAGUCAUGCCCUCCGGCUCCAAAAGCACCGGCCACUGCCCUGAGCCAAAGAAGAAUCUUCUUUUACUGUUAGCAGUACAGGAGCUAUGACACACAGUGAGCCGUUCCGGUUCCACCCACCAGGAGGCAAUGGUGACACAUGUGCAGUAGCUCUGCUCACCUUUCACAGGCACAGUGCUAGCAGCCCCCCACUGGCACUCGGUACCUGACAGCUAUUCAUAACAAUGCCUCCUGUUCCCUACAAAGAGAAGCCAGGAUUGCACCAUGAUGCAAGAUCAGCAACUCAUCAGAGACACUAUCAGGAGGGGCCAGAUUUCCACCCCACUCAGCUUAACCACCACAGAACGCAGCUGCGGGGACCAGCUACCUUCCCCUUGAAUGUGAAGGCGCAGCCGGCAGAGAAUGCAGUCCCUUGUCCCAGAGAAAAGCAUUGCACCCUGGGAUCUGUAGUCUCUGCACCUACGUAUUCAUUAGGAAGGUGGCCAUGGAUUCCUCUGGCUACUUGACCCACAGAUCCCCUGCCCCCUGGAUCAGGCUGUGGCAGCACAUCGAGGAGCUAGGAACCAGCCUGCGUUCAUGACAUCUAGAGCCGGUACAGAAGCUGAGACGCCUGAGAGAGGAGAUCCAUGGUGAGCUACAAGAGGUCACAGGAUCCCCUUGGCCUCCAGCAAGGGCAGGGGCUCAGAAUCAGCGGGCUUGGGCCUCUCCGGUAGCAGUGCUGGGCAGAACUGAGGGUUUGCUCUUGUCCUGUUUCUCCGGGGAGGGAAAGCAGAAGGCGUGAGCCUCUCCCAGCAAGAGCUCUCCUGUGUAGACAGAGGCUCCGUGAGCUGCACCAAGAACAUCAGAGAACUCCCCCCCCACCCCACCCCGGCGGGCUCUUCCUCUCGUUAAUAAGCACUUGGCCAUCCCCAGAGCCAGCCACAUAUGAGCUGAGCGGCUGCAGCAAAUGCUGGCUCAGCUAAUGGGAGAGGGAAAUCGGUCACAGUUCAACCUAGCGGAGAUAAAACGGUUACAUCAGACAUGGCCUGCUUCAAAGCCGUGCCCAGCUACCGCCGGAAACAAAGUCCUUCCCGACAGCUCUGCCUGGAGCAUCGCAGGACUCGGGAGGGAAUUUCCACCCAUGGGCAUUGUCACAUGUCGGGGGGGUCACUUCCGAAGCACCUGAUAGCCGCCCUUGCCACAGGCAGGAUCCAACUCUCUGGUCCAGUGUGGCAAAUGCUUUCGCUUUCGCUUGCUAGAUCUGCCUAUGGGCCUGGCUUGGGAAGGCUGAAAGGAGAGGACACGGCGCCAGAGGCUGUGCUGGAGGAAUCCAUCCCAUUGUGAUGGGAGGGGCUAGAUACAACCCACCCCGGCGUCAGCGAGUCCAUGGUCACUGGAUGGCCAGUGGGUUCGCUCUGUCUCCUGGGAAGCAGCUCCUGGAUGACCGCUCACUCCAGAUCCAGCAGCUCUCCAUUCCUAGGGGUUCACUGGCCAGUUACCCUUGUUUCAAGUAUAUUCGGAGCACAGCAGCUCUUGGUUUCUCAGGGACCUGCCCAGAACAUUGUCCUGUUUUUAGAAGGAAGCCUGCCCUGCUGCCUGCAAUGCCCCCUCCUGCUCCAUCCAUCCCAGCUCCUCGUUACAGGCUUGCCCGAGUCACCGUCUCAGCAGCCCUGCCUCAUGUCCACCGGGACGGUGACGGUGACCUGGGGCCACACCUGAUGUGCGUGGGGAGAGGAUGAAGGAUUGCUGCUGCUGAACGUAAAAAGAUUCAAGUGCGCAGGAGUGACCCAAACAGGAGCCCAACCAUGCUGUCUAUCUAAGGGGUUCCUCUGGUGCCUCUCGCCCUGGUACGUGGGCACAGAGUGGAGCAACACACCCAGACUUUGCCACCGCUGGCAAGCUGCACCGACCGUGCCUAACCCGGAGCAGAUUGUGCCCACCCUCACAUCCCCGGAGGAGACGACAGGCCCCAGCUGCGAUGCCCCCCAGACCAAGGUGGAGCACAACAUCCUGGGACCCGCGGUCUCUGCAUACCGCACAGCCCUGCGUCAGAAUGGAGUGGAGCUGUGGGCUGCAUUGCAGCGCACCCUCGGUCACGUUCGACCCGUGGGUGUCCGAGCCAAGGCCGCCCCCCCACAGGUCCUGCUUGCGAAAUCCUCCCCUCCCUGGGGCAGCCCCUUUCAUGAGGGCAGAGAGGGAAGGAACCUGGAGCUGCCCUAACAGACACCACCAGGGGCUUGGCAUGGCGAGAAGCCACGCGAGGCAGCUGCAGUGACACCACCCACCAGGGCUACUGAACGAGCUGCACGUCCGAGCCGGCCCUGCUCUCACGCCCGCGUCAGCGCCCAGCGGUACCUUUCCUCCCCGGGGGAGUCGGGGCAGCGCUCGCAGCGUGUCCACAGCGCUCAGGCAGCACUAGCAGCCAGUGUGCCGGGGACAAGCGCUCCUCGUGCUCGCACUCCAGGGCUGGCACAUUGCCGAGUGCACUUCAGUAGUGAACUGAGGGCACAUACAAGACAGGGAUAAUAUAUGGGGGGUCCCUCCACUGCUGAGUUAGUGGGACGGAGAAGACACGGGCACAGGAAAGCAGGUAGCUUCCAGGAUCUCUCUGCUUGAGCCCAGGAGGUAACCGGAUGGGAAGCCAGCCACAUCCUCCGUCGAAAUGAGGGCAGUCCUGCCUCUGCACCCUCUGCGCUGCUCUGAAGCCCUCAGCCUGCUUGUCUCUGGCUGGUGAGGCAGGGUGUGGCUCAAGCUGUGGGCCCUGGCGGCUGCCCUUGGCUUGCAGGAAAUGGAGCGGCAGGCAGCCUCCAGCAGCUUUAGCAGAGACACAAGCUGCAGAGACUACACGUCCCAACGUGCAUUGCAGCCUGUGCACUGGCCAUGCUGUCUUAUGCAUGGAGCUGUGGUGGUGACCCCGCGGGCUGGCUGGGGGCACAGCUCUCGCUGGCUGUGUACAAGUGCGUGGGUUUCACCCAGCCAGGCAGGGCAGCGAGGAGGCCAGGGUCACGGGGGGCUAGAGCUGAUGGGGGACAGAGCCAGUCGGUUACCCAAAUUCCCACACGCCAUGUGGAGGCUGGGGUCAGUGUACAGAUGAAGGGGCCCGUUCCCCUGUGCGGAGCCCGACCCCUCUGCAUUUUACCUCCACUUUGCGCAGGUGCCAAUGACUGCAGCAGGCGUGGGGGCACAUGGGGGCAUCAGCCCCCCAGGUUUGACCCUGCCGGCGGCACUGCUGAGACAGCACUAUCGCCUGCUGUCGGCGGGAGCGGGGUAACGGCUGGGGCCGCGGACGUGAGAAGGGCUGUGCAGCAAGAUGUGUCCAUUAAACAGCUGUGUCCAACCUC